UACUCAGUUUAAUCAAAUAAAAAAGUUGAAACUAAAAGAAAUGUCAAGAUAGACAUACACAUUUACGAAUGGGUUUCGUGGUGGGUUUUUUAUUUCCAUCAUGAUCGAAAUCAUAGUGGGUUCAAUUGAGUGGUGGUAGGGGUGGUGAAAGUGAUGGUGGUGGAAGUACGAAGUUGGUUUUUGGGUUAAUUUCGGGAUUGCUUCCAUGAACCCAAGAAGAUGAAAUUAUGCGAAUUGGGGAACCGAAACUCACCGGGUCACCAACGGGAGAUUUCUUCUCAGUUUCCAACUCAGACCCAGAAAUCUGCAGGCUCUGUUCUUAUACUUCUUUAAUUGGCUCUCUCUGUUCCUGUUCCUGUCAUGGAAGUUUCUCUCUCAAAGAAGUGGUUUUGACAGAUUAUAGUCUCUGUUCGACAUAGCACCUCUAGUCAAAGAGAUCGAUUAAAUAUGAUACAGAGAGAGAUUGUAAUAUUGAUACAGAGAAAAAGUAAAGAGAGAGAAAUUGCAAAAUUUGUAUGAAGAAAUUAGAGAAAUUUUAGUUACUAAUCUACGGAUUUUUCAAGCAGGCGAAGAAAGAGAGAAAUCUGAGAAAUCGUCGUUCACUCGAUCGAGUUCCUUCCUCUUCAUCUUCAACGGCAAGUACCCUGCUAUGCUUUGAAUUCUAACAAAACAAACCCUAACUAAACCAAACCCUAAAAAUUCUUGAUCAAUUGUACUAUACAUAUAUAUAAAGCCAUAUAUAUGAACGACCAUGGAUGCUCUCUUCUUUUCUCUAGAAGAUUUGUGGUUUCUCUCCGAAAAUCUAGAUGAGUAUGUUCCAAGGGUUGGGCUGUUUGCCCAUUAAAGUAGUACGUGAGCUGGGUUCAGAACGUCGUGAGACAGUUCGGUCCAUAUUCGGUGUGGGCAUUAGAGCAUUGAGAGGACCUUUCCCUAGUACGAGAGGACCGGGAAGGACGCACCUCUGGUGUACCAGUUAUCGUGCCCACGGUAAACGCUGGGUAGCCAAGUGAUACUAUUGUUUCGCACGAGUUAAAUUAUGGAAAUUGAGGUUCAAUUAAAGAAAGGGUUUGGACAGAUCUUUGCGAUUAAAACUCGGUGCUAUCUCACGAUUUUGCCUCGAUCAGUCUCCGAUUUCAUUGUUGAGAUCUUCGCGAGUCUUCAUGCUAGGGUUUAGCAAAUCAUAAUUCCAGAAAACAAAGGAAAGCUCUGUUUCCAUGGCGACUCUGAAGCAUCACUAGAAGAAAUCAUCACAACAAGGACAUAGCAAGCGGUUCAGUGUGUGUAAAUAUGCCCUUUGACAAAGGGUUUCUUUGUCUUUUCACAUUUUAUGUUAUAUUAUUAGUUUUUGUAAAUCAUAGAGGGCUAUUUUAGUCUUUUUGUAGCUUCAGUACCAGUCAAUAGCAGUCGAUGCCUAAAAUGCACUAAUUCACACCAUUUUUAAAAUAUAAGGGAGGUGAACAAAUAAUGAGGGAUUAUAUACACUAUACCGAUAUUGUAAGGGUGUAAAGCGCACACAAACCUUUCCUUAAUGAUAUUUUAUAAAUAAUGUCACGAAUCAGUAACUUAGUUGUACCAAAUUUCUACUUCUAAUAGGAAAAUUAUGAAUUCAAGUCUCGGUGAAAGAAUGAUUGUUACCAACUAAAAAAACAAAAAGUUUUAUUUAUUUAUUACUUUGGAAAUUACCGGUCAAACUCAUACUAGUAUCAUACUGUAGUAAACUUUUUGGCGGUUGUUUAUGCAAAUAAUGCAAUUAACCCUGUAACUAUAACAAAUUACUGAACUUACCACACUCGUGUUGGCUGUUGACACCUUAGAGACAGAGCACGGCCAUCAGUCAUGGCAGCGGGCGGAGGAAAGCAGAGCGGCGCUAAGUCCACCACCAAACGCAGAAACGAAAAUUCCGAAAAUGCCCUUCGCCACUGUCACCGUGAAAACCUUACCCACCCCAUCACCCUCGUCGCUUCCACCACCUCCGCCGCCCAUUCUUUCCUUUCCCAAAAGGACCUCCGCCUCCAUCCUUCCCAAACCCUAACCCUAGAAUCCCAUAUCUCCUCCACCGCCGUCUCCAUCUCCAAACUCCUCUCUCUCCUCUCUCCUCCAUCACCACUCUCCUCCUCUUUCUCUUCCUCCUCAACUCCCCCUUCCUGCUGGUUCCACCGCUUCCUCUCCGCCGCCUCCGCCAACUACGACGCCCGAUGGGUCGACGCCUUUCGCAUGUCCAAACCUUCCUUCACUCUCCUCCUCAGACUCCUUACUCCUUCUCUCAACUCUCUCUCUCCGAUCCCUCCCAAUUACGCUCUCGCCGCUGCCCUUUUCCGCUUAUCCCACGACGUGUCCUAUAAGUCCGUCGCCAGGCGGUUCGGCCUCAAUUCUGCCGGCACUUGUCGUGCAUUUUACAUGGUUUGCAAGGCAAUCAAUGAGAAUCUGGGACAUCUUUUCGAAUUUCAAACCGAUAUCAAACGAAUUGUAGUGGGUUUCGGUUGGAUUUCACUUCCCAAUUGUUCUGGUGUUUUAGGAUUCCAUCUGUUUGAGAUUGAUGGUGAGUUGUUGGGUGAAAAUGGAUCGUUGAUGGUUCAGGCAUUGGUGGACUUGGAAGGCAGGUUCUUGGAUGUUUCCGCCGGGUGGCCUAAUACAAUGAAGCCUGAAACCGUUUUACGGCAAUCCAAGUUGUUUUCGGGUGUGGAGGAAUCGAGGGAGUUGUUGAAUGGGUCAUCUUUUGAGCUCAGUGAUGGCAAUUUUAUUCCACAGUACAUAUUGGGUGACUCUUGUUACCCCCUUUUGCCAUGGCUUCUCACUUCUUUUGUUAAAUCCGACGAAAGGAGUAGUUUAAGUUCAUCAGAACGAGCUUUUAAUUCAGUGCAUAGUCGUGGAAUGGAAUUGGUUGGCACAACAUUUGGGAGAGUUCGGACUCGAUGUCAACUUCUAUCCAAGCCUUGGAAGGAAGAAUGUAUCGAGUCCUUUCCAUUUGUUAUCAUAACGUGUUGUCUACUUCAUAAUUUUCUGAUCAAGUGUAGUGAGCCAUUUCCUGAUGAAGCGGCAUGCUACUCGAAGGAUCAAGAGCUUGCAGUUUACCAAGGAGAGGUGGAUGAGAAUGGGCUGCGGAUCAGGAAUGCACUUGCCACACACCUGAGUAGGGUGAGUCAGAGGAGGUAAAUUCUGAAUUUAUGAAUGCAGUGGAUCUUCCUUUUCUUUUAACGCUUUGUGUUAUAUAUACUUAUAUAGUAGGAAUGGGUUAAUGUGAAUGAGUUUUGUGUUUUGAUGUGAUCUACUUCAAGAUGCAUUUCUAUUCA